AUGGCAGACUUCAAGGGGUUCCUCCAGGCACCCGAUGUUCGGCUCAUUCCCGGCCAGCUCAUUCAGGCGGGGGUUAACUGGAUUCAACGAGAAGCAAGCUAUCCGUCGUUGACAGUUGACACGGAUGCGGAAACCCGUGAUCCUGCAUACAGAGCCCAACAUUUUCCAAAGGAGGAAGACCUGCCAGCCACAAUCGUACGCGUCUUUCGAAAGUUGCCUAACUUGGAAGGAUUGAGCCUUGAUCUUACCGGACUCGACCUCAAACAGAUGGACGAGUUCAAGACUAAUGCGCAAGGAGAGCCUGAGACUAAGACACCUACAAUGACGAGUCUUUACGAUGCUGAUUUCGUGCAUUGCCUUUAUGGCUACGGCUUCUAUGUCUCGAAGUUCGAGCUUGAGUCUCUCCAUCUCGGCAAUCGGGAGACCGAAAUGCGUGAACACCAGGUAGCAUAUGUGCGACGGAUCUGUCCAGGCCUCAAGGAACUCAGGCUUAGCGGUCGAUGGCAUUUAGCGAGAGAGUCGCGAAUGCGCGCGGUCGAGGAACUGGCAAAAGCGCUCGGCUCGUUCAAUGGUUUGGAGCGCCUCGUCGUUUCCCACCAGGGUUCCGCGAUCGGUGGAUGGCCCGACCUUGAAGACUGCCGACAUGCAGCAGUAGUUUACAUAACGUACGCGAAGAUCAACACCCUACAGCGGGUUUGCGUCCGUGGCGUCUUUCCAAAGUUCGUCAGGUUUGAUCUGCAGAAAGAUGGCAGUUGGUCAGACACGAAACACAACUACACGCGACUGAAGCAAAUGCUGGAGUGGCCGUCGACCUUGGAGGGUCCACGAUCAGCGUAA